CAAGGACCCAUCUCCUAGAGAGAGAAAACUGUGACUUUGAGCCUUACAGGUAGAGAGAGAAAAUGGGGUAAGGUGUUCUGUUAUCAUUAUCUCUGCUGCAUAUGAGGUACCCUUUGCCGGAUUCAUUGUUUUUGGGGGUGUGGCUGAUGCAAAAUAGAAUAAAGUUUGGAUCUUUUUGCUGGUUUCUUCAUGCCCAUUUGCUCAGUUCGAUGAUUUGGUGUCUCAUUUGACUGGUUGGUAGACGUGGCGGAGCUGAUCAGUGUUUGGUUCACUUUUUGUCCUGAUUUUGAAUUGUGGAGCUUCUGGAAUAAGUUCCAUAUGCAAUAAGAUACUUGAGUUGUACCCAAUUGAGCAGGUAAAAAAGGAGGAGAAACAGACUAAAGAGUCUCAAAUUAAACCAACAUUGGUGGUGGAAAUUUAUAGGCUGAUAGUCUGGCCUGGAUCCAAUAUCAGGCUUUGGCCAAAUCAAAUCCAGCUUUGCUAUUGUUCUUUGCUGGAGUUAUGGCGACCUUGUUACACUCUGAGUCCAGGCGCUUAUAUUCUUGGUGGUGGGACAGUCACAUUAGCCCAAAAAAUUCAAAAUGGCUUCAGGAAAAUCUUACAGACAUGGAUGCCAAGGUAAAAGCAAUGAUCAAGCUUAUUGAAGAGGAUGCAGACUCAUUUGCAAGGAGGGCAGAGAUGUACUAUAAGAAACGACCAGAACUCAUGAAGUUAGUUGAGGAGUUCUACCGAGCAUAUCGUGCAUUAGCUGAGAGAUAUGAUCAUGCAACGGUGGAGCUACGCCAGGCCCAUAAAACCAUGGCAGAAGCAUUUCCCAACCAAGAACAUUACUUGCUGAGUGAUGAUUCACCAAGCAGUUCUUCAGGCCGUGAAGCUGAACCACACACCCCAGAAAUGCCACAUCCAAUCCGUGCAUUGCUGGAGUCAGUUGACCUACAGAAAGAUGCAUUUGGGUUUUCUUCAAUCCAAAAUAAUUUAAAAAGGAAUGGAGGGAGUUUAGAAGGAUCUGACAACAGUCUAAGCCAAAAGGGACUAAAGCAGCUGAAUGAGAUUUUUGGGUUCUCUCAGUUAUCAGCUGAAAAACAGAAUGUGAAGUCCCAGAACCUUUCUGAGUCUGAGCAUGCAGGGAGAGAAGAAAGUGAAGUUCAAACCUUAAGGAAAGCUCUGGCAGAUAUACAGUCUGACAAGGAUUCUAUCUAUCUUCAGUAUCAGAAGAGUUUGGAGAAGUUGUCUGAAAUGGAAAAAGAGCUUAAUAAAGCACAAAAAGAUGCUGGAGGCCUUGAUGAACGAGCAAGCAAAGCUGAAAUUGAAAUCAAAAUAUUGAAGGAAGCCCUAGCAGAGCUUAAAUCUGAGAAGGAUGCUGGUUUGGUUCAGUACAACCUAUGUCUGAAAAGGAUAACUAGCUUGGAGGGUAUGAUAUCUCUGGCCCAGCUGGAUGCAAAGGGAAAUGAUGAGAGGGCUUCUAAAGCUGAAACUGAAGCUAAAAAUCUUAAGCAAGAACUUGCUACGUUAGAGGCUGAGAAGGAUGCUGGUCUUCUUCAAUAUAAACAAUGUCUUGAAAAAAUCUCUGUUCUGGAGGCCAAGAUUACCCUUGCUGAGGAGAAUUCCAGGAUGCUAAAUGAGCAAAUUGAAAAAUCAGAGCUGGAAGUUAAAUCACUAAGGAAAAAUCUUGCUGAACUGAGUGAAGAGAAAGAAGCUGUAGCUGUCCAGUACAAGCUGUGCUUGCAGAAAAUAUCUACAUUGGAGAGUGAAAUUUUGCAAGCCCAAGAAAUGUCUGAACGGUUGAAUAGAGAAAUUGAGAUUGGUGCUGAAAAACUGAAGAUUGCUGAAAAACAUUGUGAUAUAUUGGAGAAAUCAAAUCGAUCUCUUCAGCUAGAGGCUGAUGAUCUAUUGCAGAAGAUUUCUAUGAAAGAUCAAAAGCUUCUAGAGAAGCAUACUGAGUUAGAGAGAUUGCAGACACUGAUGCAUGAGGAACAUUCUCGUUUUCUUCAAAUUGAAUCUACUCUCCAUACUCUGCAGAAGUCGUACUCUCAAUCGCAAGAGGAGCAAAGAUCUCUUGCUUUGGAGCUUAAACACGGCCUUCAGCUGUUGGAGGAUUUAGAGCUUUCCAAACAUGGUUUUAAGGAAGAAAUGCAACAGAUUGUGGAAGAAAACAGGACUUUGCAUGAACUUAACUUCUCUUCCACUUGGUCAUUAAAAAAUCAGCAAAUGGAAAUCUCCAAGUUGAAGGAGAUCAAAGAGAAACUUGAAUGGGAGUUUGCUGUUAAAGUUGAUGAAAGUAAUUUCCUCCAACAAGAAUCAUGUCAAAUAAAGGAUGAAAUCCAGGAUUUGAAUAAUAGAUAUCAGGCCAUACUGGAAGAACUAGGCUCUGUAGGUUUGAAUCCUAAAUCUUUUGCAGCAUCUGUGAAGGAUUUACAGAAGGAGAAGUCAAUCCUAAAAGAGGUGUGCAAAAUGGAGAAAGAUGAAAAAGAAGCUCUCCUUGAAAAAUCUAGAGAUAUGGAUAAGCUAUUGAGUGAAAAUGCCUUUAUGAAAUCUUCCCUGUCAAGUUUGAAUGAUGAGCUGGAUGGAUUAAGGGAUACAGUGAAGAAAUUUCAAGAGUCCUGCCGUGUCUUGCAGGAAGAAAAAUCCAUUCUUGUUGCUGAAAAAUCAGCUUUGCUUUUACAGUUACAAAUUAUCACUGAAAGUAUGCAGAAACUAUUGGAAAAGAAUACCUUGCUGGAGAAAUCCCUUUCUGAUUCAAAAAUCGAUCUUGAAGGUUUACGGGCUAAAUCAAGUAGCUUGGAAGAAUUUUGCAAUUUGCUAAAUAAUGAGAAGCACAAUCUUCUGAAUGAAAGAAGCAUCCUGGUAGCUCAAUUGGAGAGUGUUGAAGCAAAACUAGGUAACCUGGAAAAAAGGUUUACAAAAUUAGAAGAAAAAUAUUCUGAUAUGGAGAGAGACGAAGAAAGCAGAGUCAUUCAAGUAGAAGAACUUCGUGGUUUGCUUUUGGCACAAAAAGAAAAGCAUACUAAUCAUAAACAUUCAAGUGAAGCCCGAAUGACAAAUUUGGAGAAUCUUAUUUUUCGGCUACAGGAAGAACGACGAUUGGGGAAAAUUGAAUUUGAAGAAGAACUUGAUAAGGCUGUAAAUGCUCAAGUUGAGAUGUUUAUUUUGCAAAAAUGUAUUGAAGACUUGGAGCAGAAGAACAUGGGUUUAUUAAUUGAAUGUCAAAAACAUAUUGAGGCAUCAAAAUUUUCUGAUAAAGUUAUCUCUGAGUUGGAGAGUGAAAACCUUAUGCAACAGAUGGAGCUAGAGUUCCUUUUAGAUGAAAUUAGAAAGUAUAAAAUGGGGAUUCUUCAAGUGUUUGGGGCUCUUCAGGUUGAUCCAAAUGGAGGGCAUGAGAAAGGGAUCAAGCAAGAGGAAAUGCCUAUAUUGCAUAUUUUGAAUAAUAUUGAGGGACUGAAAGGUUCUCUUGUGAAAACCCAAGAAGAGAAGCAGCAGCUACUUGUGGAGAAUUCUGUCCUACUAACUAUACUUUUGCAACAAGAAUCUGAGGGAGAAGAACUGGAGUCAAAGACAAGGAUCCUAGAGCAAGAGUUUCAAAUCACAAGAGAGGAGCAUGCAAUGCUGCAGAAGGUUAAGCUUGAACUUCUGGAGAUUAACAGGCAACUGAGAUCUGAAGUGACCAAGGGAGAAGAAAAGGAGAAUGCAUUACAGUCCAAAUUGGAAGCUCUUCAUGAGGAGUUGGUAGAUUUGCAAAGAACUAGUCUAGUGUUUCAGGAAGAAAAUUGUAAGCUAGUUGAGGAGAAAAACUCACUACUUGAGAGUGUUUUGGACCUCAAAGAUGCAAAGAUUGCUGCUGAACAAGAGAAUGGUUUAAUUCUGCAUGAGGCACUGACUCUAAAAAACCUUAGCUUGGUUUAUGAAAGCUUUUUAACUGAAAAGGUCUUGGAACAAAAAGCACUUGCUGAACAUCUCAGCAAUCUUCACUGCACAAACAGUGACCUCAAACAGGAGCUUGGUCUGUUAAGGAAGAAGUUUGAGUUGAAAGAAGCCGAGAAUGUUUCUCUGAAGGAGUCAGUUAAGACUAUGGACAAUGAUCUGCAGGAAGCCAAAAAUGUAAAUGACCAUUUAAGUUAUCAAAUUGAAAAUUCAGAGCAUCUUCUUGUGAAGAAGAAAGCAGAACUGUUAGAAAUGGAGGAAAGGCUAAAGGCUGCAGAAAUGUUGAAUGCAGAGUUUUGCAGAAAUAUUGAGAAAUUGAAGAUGGAACAGCAACAAUCAAGACUGGUCAACGAAAAUCUUGAGAAGCAAAUUCUUGAACUAUCAGAAGGUUGCCUGAAUCACAAAAAAGAAAUUGAAAUCCUUAAUGAAGCAAAUAGAAGUUUACUGUCUGAGAUGAGAUCAUUACGUCAGGAAGUUGAACAACAGAAGGAUAGAGAAAAAACAUUGAGCUCAGAGCUGCUGGAUAAAACAAAUGAAUUUCAACUUUGGGAGGCUGAGGCUGCUACGUUCUAUUUUGAUCUUCAGAUUUCAUCCAUUAGUGAAGCAUUGUUGGAAAAAAAGGUUAAUGAACUUACUGGAGUUUGCAUGAAACUUGAAGGUGAAAGUUCUGCAAAAAGCUUGGAGAUUAAGCAGAUGACACAGAGAGUCAGCUUACUGGAAAGUGAAGUUGGAGGACUGAAGGGGCAGUUAUCUGCAUAUACUCCAGUCAUCAGUUCUUUGAAAGAGGAUUUUACUUCUUUAGAGCACACUGUCCUUCGUCGAACAAAUACAAUGUCUGUUGUAUGCAAUCAAGAGCAAAAGGAUGAAGUGCUUGAAACUGGUCUCCAAGAAAAUAGCUAUCAAAGUUUAACUGAAAAUAAAGGUAUUUUAAUACCAGAUGGGGUUUCCGAUUUGCUAAGCAUGAAGGCAAGGAUUAGAGCAGUUGAAAAGUCAAUGGUGGAAGAAAUUGAGAGGCUUGUCAAGGAAGAAAAUCUAAUCACUAAAGCUAAUCCAAGAGGUCUGGCAAAGGUGCAUAAUGUGGAAGUUUCCCCAUAUAUAGAGAAUGACAAAAGAAAAGUACAGAAUGUAAUCAAGGAUGAGAGCACAGGUGAUCUCAACUCUUGGAGAACAAAAUUUGAAAAUGGGUCAUUGAUGAAAGAUAUUCCACUUGAUCACAUCUCAGACAAUCCAGCCUCUAAGAGUAGCAGGAGAGAGAAUAGCGGGACUGAUGAUCAGAUGCUUGAAUUAUGGGAAACUGCUGAGCAGGACUGCUGUGAUAGUUCAAUGGUCAGUGAGGCAAUGAAACAAAGUUCUGUUCCAACUGACGAUGUUAUGGCAUCCCAUCAGUCAGAUAACUCGGGUAAAUUCCAAAAUACCUCUUCAGAAUUGAAUGUAGAAAAGGAAUUGGGUGUUGACAGGCUUCAGUUGUCAAGAAGCAUAAAAGAAAGAACUCAAGAUGGCAAGAGGAGAAAGAUAUUGGAGAGGCUUGCUUCAGAUUCUCAGAAAUUAACCAUUCUUAAAACAACCGUGCAUGAUUUGAAAAUGAAAAUGGAGACAAAGAAGAGAAGCAAGAAGGGAGAUGACACUGAUGAAUAUGAAACAGUUAAAAGACAAAUAGAAGAAGUUGAGGGAGCUGUUGUGAAAUUAGUAGAUACUAAUGAUCAACUGACAAAAGAUCUGGAAGAGAGUGCCCCGUCUUUGAACAGGGAGACUUCAGUUGAGUUGGAAAAGAAUCGACACGCCCUGAGAAAAAGAGUGACAGAGCAGGCACGGAAAGGUUCUGAACAGAUAGGACGAUUGCAGUUUGAGGUGCAGAACAUCCAAUAUGUUUUGCUGAAAAUGGCUGAUGAAAAGAAGAGCAAAGGGAAGAACAGAUUCUCUGGAAAAACAGUGAUCUUGCUGAGGGACUUCAUUCAUGGUGGGAAGAAAAGUAGCAAAAGGCGCAACAAAACAGGUUUUUGUGGAUGCUCAAGGCCUUCAACUAAUGAGGAUUAAGUGAGAAAAUCUAGAGUCAUUUUGUUGUAAGUACUUGGGAUGUGUCUAAUCUAGCAUAUCAAUUUUUAAUUUUAGCUGCAAAAAAUGCUGUUAGGCUUAGGCCUUAUCUGAUCAUAGUAACUUAUUUCAGAUGUCUAUGUUUUAGCUUGCAAAAAGACUUGUGCUUAAUACGACAUUUUAGCUAAGAAGUUGCGAUGUCAUGUUUGACGCUGUUUAAG